AACUCGUCCUUCACCAAUACAAUACAACCAUAUGAGUAUUGUCGUGUCGUAUGUGCAGUCACAUGCAUGAUCGAUCAUGGCUAAUAGCAGAUUCAGAAUCGGUUCAGGCACACUGAACCACCGCAACCAAGAUUCACUGCUACUCGCUCUGCACUAACACUAGUAAACCACGGAGUUCAGCACGAGACCGCCUCCGUCGGCAUGGACGACGCCUACGUGCAGGCCCCGGAGCACCGGCCCGUGGCGCCCGCCGCCGAGGCCACGGGCGUCCCGGUCAUCGACCUCUCCCCGCUCGCAGCCACGCCGCCGCCGGGGGCCGUGGACGCGCUCGCGGCCGAGGUGGGCGCGGCGUGCCGGGACUGGGGCUUCCUCGUCGCGGUGGGCCACGGCGUGCCGGAGGCGACAGCAGCGCGCGCGGUGGAGGCCGGGCGCGCCUUCUUCGCGCUGCCGGCGGAGCGCAAGGCGGCCGUGCGGCGCACCGAGCGGGCGCCGCUCGGAUACUACGACGCCGAGCACACCAAGAACGUCAGGGACUGGAAGGAGGUGUUCGACAUCUUCCCUCGCGAGCUGCCGCCGCCGGCCGCAUCGGCGGACGGCGAGCUGGUGUUCGUUAACAAGUGGCCGGGCGACGGCGACCUGCCGGGGUUCAGAGUGGCACUGGAGGAGUACGCGGCGGCGAUGGAGGAGCUGGCGUUCAAGCUGCUGGAGCUGAUCGCCCGGAGCCUGAACCUGAGGCCCGACCGGCUGCACGGCUUCUUCAGGGAGCAGACGACGUACAUGCGGGUCAACCGCUACCCCCCGUGCCCUCGGCCCGACCUCGUCCUCGGCCUCGGCCGCCACAGGGACAGCGGCGCGCUGACCAUCCUGCGCCAGGACGACGACGUCGGCGGGCUCGACGUCCGCCGCCCCUCAACCGGCGAGUGGGUGCGCGUCAGGCCAGUCCCCGGCUCGCUCGUCGUCAACGUCGGCGACAUCAUCCAGGUGUGGAGCAAUGACAGGUACGAGAGCGUGGAGCACCGGGCGUCGGUGAACUCGGAGCAGGAGAGGUUCUCCAUCCCCUACUUCUUCAACCCGGCCAGGCGCACUGCAGUGGAGCCAUUGGAGGAGAUGGUGAGCGAGGAGAGGCCCUCGAGGUACAACGCGUACGACUGGGGCGAGUUCUUCUGCACCAGGAGGAGGAGCAACUUCAGCAAGCUGGAUGUCGACAACAUCCAGAUUGCGCAUCUCAGGAAGGACAGUGUAGCCAUGCCGGCUAGGACAGACUGACGCUGAAAUCUGUGGCAGAAUCUCUUUUCAAACCUUUAAGAAAUUUGGAUGGAAACCUCUCUGAAAGACAGCAACAGGCAUCGCGCUGGUACCCCGUUUGGAUCGUGUCACGAAACUGGAAACCUGUAGAAUUUCACA